AUGUGGUUGAAUGCACCCCUAUUUGUGGUUCAACGUCAACUUUCAACACUGGUCAACCUUUUAUCCGUAGCGUCACUCCUCUACAUCGCCAAUCCAACUAAGUUGGGUCAGAAAGCGCCGGAGAACAACAAAAACAUCUCACAAUCAAUUAUGCCAGACCUUGAAACACAGCGCUCCAAUGAUAUUGACCACCCUACCAUGCGCACGGACCAGACUCGGAGCGUUGGCACCGUCAUCGCCGAUGGCAAGCGCCUCGUCGACAAGCGGGACAAGAUCAUCCACUCCGUGAACUUACACGAGGGAGCGCUGGUUAUCGACACUGUUCCAUCAUCCGUCAACUUUGCCUUGCUCUGCGCGAAGGGACUUGGACCGGCUGUCUCCCGCUUACCAGCCGAACUCUUAUUCGAAAUUUUCAUGCACACACUCCCAUCAUUCGAUGAAUUAUUACCCCUCAUCAAAGCUACGAUCUCCCAUGCUAUUGACCAGGAUAUGCCGAAGAUGGAGGGAAGUUGCUGUGGACACGCCAAGUUUAUGGUGCAGACUGUUGGUUGGGUUUAUGAGCCACCACCGCAGGCAUAG